AUGAAACAGUCGAAACUUCCAGGGGAGGAACCAGCCACGCUGCAAGAGUGGGGGUCCAAACCACAAGAAGAAUUGCAGCUUCCGGUAUUCGCCGACCUCACUAAUCUGCACGCCAUGAGCUACCAAGCAGGUGCGAUGGACAUCAGAGAUGCUAUCGAUGGAGCACAGACAACAAAUGCAUUUGAUGCCAACAUUGAUAUCACUAAGGUCGCGCAAGCAGCUAUUGGCUAUAGGCCAAAGAAUCAUCAAGCAUCCGAUAUGGAAAGCAUUAAGGCAUUGCUACGAAAAUUUCUAGAUGAUAUCAAAGAACCCCAAACAGAGCGCUCUUCCUACUUCGAUGGGCUUCUUUCACAGUGGCUCGAGAUAUGGCGGAAAGAUCGAACUCACAGUCAUCUAAUCUACCUUCUGGGCGAUCGCAGUGAGCAGUACGAAGGCCGGUCGCUCGAUUACCACGACUUAGAGACUAUUGACAAAAUCAAGACACGCCUCCUUGAGCAACAAUGCUUGCAACGGGGUGUUUGCCUUCACCUGGCGAAGAUGACGAGUGCAGUCAACGCGGAUCCUGACGAUGCCUUCGAGUUGAAGAUGGCUAUCAGUCUUCACGAGAUACGUGAUCUCAGUGGGGGACUACUUGGCAACAAGCCUGUUGCUGUGGGCAGGGAGAGUCUUCUCCAGAAAGGCAUUUUGAAGCAGAGAUACCACCAACGAAUCGCACGUCAAAACCCUUAUCCCAGUCCCACCGACGGAACCCCAUCCGUCCAGACAGAUACCGCGAAGAGCUUCCAGGACUGGGUGUUGUUGAUCAUGCCGGAAGGCUACCGAUUUAAGUUCUUGACGGCCAACGCUGAUCCUGAGGCGCUUCAUGACUGGAUCAAAACACAAUCAGCAGACCUACCGCCAUCGGAAACCGAUCUAGCAGGGGCGGAUCCAAACGCGCGUUGGGGCUUGGGAUUGGCGUGCAAGACUCAGUUGAACAAUAUCGGCGCAUGGCUUACCACUGGCUCGAGCCGUGGAAUUGUUCGAGAACACAAAGAGCAAUCUGCAAUGCUAGAAGCCGUUUUUCGCGCCUCUAUCAGACUUCGAGACUCAGACCUUUUCCAAAAGGCCGUCACUUUGAAUCCAAGUAUGCUAUCCUUGGACAUGUGGGAAGAAUUGGGUAGCACAAUGGAGCUAGCCCAGUUCGUCUCGUAUCGGAGCUUUCUCAAUCAAGCAUUGACGAAGAUCAACUCUUUUCAGGAUCGCUACAUGAUCUUACAGAGCAUUUGUGUGGGAUGCGAGAAACAGAACGAGCCGCAAGAGAUUAUGAAGAAUGUCCACAAAUGGAUUCCAGACCACAUCGAGCAGGCAUUGAAUGAGAUAGACCGAGUUGAGGAGAAUGAUGGGGCUAUGCUCGUCCUGGUCGCCAAGAGAUUCGCCAAGGAGAUUACCAUGCAUCGGUUCAUUUCCUUCGCAAAGAGACAUAGCUCCAGUCAUGCCUUUGCCAUCGAGUUUGCUUUCUUUCUUUACGAUGAGCUUGUUGAGGGUACCAUGGACGCGGGAUCUGCCAGAUAUGCUCUUGCCGAGAUACUCUCCGCCUCAAUCCCAGCCUUAUGCGUGCGAGGCGCUUACAAUUGGUCUCUUUACCAAGGAUCCCGAUACUCAACGUUUGCCAAUGCCACGCCUCAAGAGCAGCAAAGGUUGCAAGCAGACCGCAUGGCGCGUUUAGUGCGUUGCUGUCUUACAGUGGGUCUUUACAACGAAGAACAUACACUUCUCCGGUACAUGUGGCUAGGCGCAAACGUAGCUGAUGCCCCCACCUUACAAUACGUCUUCCUACCAUAUCUCAAGGAGCUACUGGCGGUAAUGCAAGACUAUCUCAUCCCGCUGAUGACGCGCAUCUACCAAUGGCAGUUCCAACAAGUCAUCUCCCUCUUCAUCACCCGCUACAUAGGCAAAGAGCCGACACCGCUAUCCGUGGACCUCACCUGCCCGCCCCUCGGAUGUGCGAAUUCUACAAGGCCAUACGGCUGUCCUACCUGCCUUGAGCUAGACGCUUUCCUAGUAGACCCACACCGGAGAACGGCAGAUGUCACAGGCGGCAUCGACGCACCGGAGCACGUGGCCGCCCAAUUUCAAGGCACCGACUACCUGCAGAUGACCGUCAUGUCACACAGUGCCGUGAAGAUGCUGUCUACGAUACGGAUUACGAAGAAUCUGAUCAAGUCCGAGGAGCCGGAUGCGAGACACGAUUUGUGGAAGGAGAGGGUGAUCAAGGCGAAUGAUCUGAUCCAGGCUGUUUGUGGAGAUGAUGAGUGGAAGAUGCUGUUAGGGGAAAAGUAUGACGAGUGUAUGGGGUUGAAGGCGGUGAGGGCAGGAUGA